AUGGAGAAGGAUCUCUCCGAACAGGCGAAGGCGAACGAAAUCUUCAACCUGAAACCAUUCCUGGACAGCGAAUUGUUCCGACAGAAUGGUUUCACGUACGAUGCCAAACUUCUUACACCGGGACGCAUUCCGGCUGGACGUAUUCCUCGGAGCAAGGAUUGCGUGCUGUUGGCCAAUCUUUGCGAUCAGUGCAAACCGGGCGAUGAGAUCGAAGUUACCGGUAUCUACACCAACAACUACGAUGGAUCACUCAACACGGAACAGGGCUUCCCGGUGUUUGCCACGGUACUCAUCGCAAACCAUUUGGUGGUGAAGGAUAGCAAGCAGGUUGUGGCUUCGCUUACGGACGAGGACAUUUCGACGAUUCAACGGUUAAGCAAAGAUCCUCGCAUCAGCGAUCGUAUCACGCAAAGCAUGGCUCCAUCAAUCUACGGCCAUGAAUACAUUAAGCGCGGACUGGCUUUGUGCCUGUUCGGAGGUGAAUCGAAGAACCCGGGUAAUAAGCACAAAAUCCGAGGUGAUAUCAAUAUUCUGCUCUGCGGUGAUCCCGGUACGGCCAAGUCCCAGUUCUUGAAGUACACGGAAAAGAUUGCACCGCGGGCGGUGUUCACCACGGGUCAGGGUGCUUCCGCAGUCGGUUUGACGGCAUACGUACGGCGGAAUCCUACCACGCGCGAGUGGACCCUGGAAGCUGGUGCCCUCGUGCUAGCCGAUCUUGGUGUGUGUCUGAUCGAUGAGUUUGACAAGAUGAAUGAUCAGGAUCGGACCUCGAUCCACGAGGCGAUGGAGCAGCAAUCGAUUUCCGUUUCCAAAGCGGGCAUUGUGACAUCGCUGCAGGCUCGUUGUGCCGUGAUCGCGGCUGCCAAUCCAAUCGGCGGAAGGUAUGUUCCGAGCCUGACCUUCUCGGAGAACGUGAACCUUUCCGAACCGAUC